CUUCCGGGCUGCUGGGACGGGGGACAGAGCAGCCUCUCUCUCCUCCCUCUUCCCCAGCCACCUGUCUAGUGGGCAGAAACUGCAGCGCCGGAGCGCAGGAGGGAGCGCGCCGAAGCCUGAGCCGGCCCCGCCUCUGAAGCGCUCUCCGGAGCUUUCGGGCGGGGCGCUCAGGUCUCCUGGGCCCCGCCCCCGCUACCGGGCCCCGCCCCCGGAACUCCAGGCCCCGCCCACCCGACGGGAGUUCGCAGAGGCCAUGGGGACGCGGAGCAGCCCGGGCGAGGGGACCCCACCACCGCCCGCAGUCCUGGAGCGCGACGCGGACGUCCGGUCUCAAGGGGCCACGCAGCCCCGGGAGCACCUCGAGGACUCCCGCGAGCAGCAGGCGCCCAAGGCCUCAGCAGAGCUUCCGAGCGCCCAAGGAGCUGAGCAGCAGGCGGAGGAAGAGGAAGAAGGGGGAGAAGGCAGCAGCACCGAGAGCAGCCGCGAUGCGGCUGAGGCUCCGCCUCCCGUUCAGACCCCGGCCAUGCCCCCCGCACCCUCUCAGUCUGGAGAAGGGGUUCGAGGGGCCGCCCGGCGGCUUCGAGCGCAGCAGCUGGAAGCACUGACUCGCGUGGCUUUGAUGGAGCAGCGCGUGAAGGAGCUACAGCGUCAGAGGAAAGAACUGAGAAUCGAGAUGGAGGUGGAGGUGGCCCUGCUGCGGGGUGAGCUGACUGGGGAGCGAGUGGCCGCUCGGCGGGAGGAGGAGCAGCUCCGGGAGCUGCUGGGGCAGCGGGUGGACUCAGAAAAGGGCAGCCAGGAGCAGCGGGAACAGGAACAGAGGAGGCUGAGCCAGGAGCGGGAUCGUGUGGAAGGUCUUCGCCACAGGCUCCGGGAAGCCCAGGGGCAGCUUGACUUACAGCCUGAAGACCAGCGUGAGCGGCUUCUGCAGGGAGUGCAGGAGAUGAGGGAACAGCUGGAUGUGGCCCAGCAUGCCUACGAGGACCUGGAGUUCCAGCAGCUGGAGCGGGAGAGCCGGUGGGAAGAGGAGGAUCGGGACAGCCCUGGGGCCCGGCCGCUGGACCCCAAGGUCCAGGAACUCCAGGCCAGCGUGGCGCAGCACAGGCGCCGGAUUCAGGUCUUGGAGGAGCAGCUCAAGUCGAUGGGGGAACAGAUGGCAGCUGAGAGCUGGGGGCUGAGCCGGAAGAAGGAGGAGGCCCUUCAGGCCCUGACGCAGGAACGGAGCCGACUGCUCGAGCUUAAUUGCCUUCAGGGAGCCCCUGGUGGGGACUUAUCUGAGUCCAAUCAGGCCCUCACCAAGCUCCUGUUCACCCAGAAGACAGACCGCCAGUUGCUGGUUCUCCAGGACCCCACCGCCCACCCUGCCACUGCUGCCUCUUCCUGCCUCUUCUCCGUUCACAGCUCCCUCCAGGUGCCCCCCCAAUGCCUCAUCACUCCGGGGUCUCAAGGGCAUGGGGGAGAGAAGGCUGAUCAAGGGGGCUCCAUCGGCCUCCAGAGGACUGGAAGCCUGCCACGGAAGAGGGGAGAGAGAGCCAGCCAGAGGGGAUCCCCCCGGCCUCUGUCCCUCCAUUGUGCUGAAGCCCUGGAGACCUCGGCCCUCCCGCCAGCAGCUGGAGACUCCGGGAGACACCCCCUCUAUCAGCUGCUGAACUGUGGCCCCAGGAAUAGCUGUGGAGCCCUCCACCCAGACAUCGCCCGCAUGGAACGGCUCCUGCAGCAGGCGGUGGCCGAGAGGGAGCGGCUGCUCCAGGCCAGGGAAGGGACAAAAAGGAGCACGGAAGGUGCCCCAGGCCCCCCUGUACCUGCCAUCAUGGCCCCGCCCACACCCCCAUCCCGCCCUCCUGGCCCUCGGGUCUUGGAUCUCCGGCAGCACCUGGAACGCUGGGGCCACAACCCCGAAAACUGCCCGCACGUACGGGUGUCCGGGGGCUGCUGUCACGGACCCCUGGUGAAGAUGGGCGGCCGUAUCAAGACCUGGAGGAAGCGGUGGUUCUGCUUUGAUCGCCAGGCCCGCCGCCUGGCCUACUAUGCCGACAAGGAAGAGACCAAGCUCAAAGGCGUCAUCUACUUCCAGGCCAUUGAGGAAGUCUACUACGAUCACUUACGCUGUGCCUUCAAGAGCCCGAACCCUCGCCUAACAUUCUGUGUCAAAACCUACGAACGCCUUUUCUACAUGGUGGCGCCGAGCCCAGAGGCCAUGCGCAUCUGGAUGGACGUCAUCGUGACUGCGGCUGAUGAGAACCACGCCCCCUGAGUGACCACACCCUCUGGGGGGACGUCCCAGCGAGGCUCCGCCCCUCAUGCGGUGCCUUGAAGCCACGCCCACUGCCGGAAAGCCUGCCCCCGCCCCUUUGGAACUCUUCCGGGAAUUUUGUGGGCUUGGCGGCUCGGCUGGUCCGAGCCGCGCAGUUCUGGGUUGCAGGUGCCUUCCCCGACGGGAAGCCAGCCCCGGGGGCUCUGUCCUGGGUGGGGGGAAGAUUGAGGGGACGGGAAGGAACUAUUUAUUGGUGCUCCUGUGAUACCGAAUUAAACAUGGAGGAAAAACAGUGGUUACUGCUGAGGUUCCUCGAGCCUGAGGCAAGAUAUCUGAGUUACGGGUACCUAUGAGACCCAAGCAUCCCUCAGCCUGUCCUACCCUUUAGCAAUGGAGGCCUUCAACCCCAGGAUCAUGGCUGGGAUGGGCGGGGGUGUGGCGAGGCAUGCGUCCUUAGUCUUAUGGCAAUUUUGUUUUUUCAGUUUGUGGGCCUGCCUGCUUCCACCCUUUGGGACCUGACUGGGCUAUUGUCAAUUUGUAGGAACUCCUAACCUCCUGCCCUCCAGGCCUUGGCGCGUGUUAUUCCCUCUGUCUUUCCCUUAACCACCUAGCUCCUUAUUCUUCUCGUCUUAAUUGGGAUGUGCCCUCCUUCAGGAAGCCCUUCUGACUCCCCCAGCUGGAUGAAGCACCCCCCUUUGAGCUCCCCUGUGCCAUUCCUGAACAUCAUGGGUCAUCACUGGUGAUGGAUCUAUGUCCCGAUGGACUGGGAGCUCCAUGAGG